AUGUCGUCGGCUUCGAGUUCGCCCCCAGUUCCAACGUCGGCGAUUGUCAACUGUGUGGUAAACAUGGUUCUAUUGGGGCUUAAUGCCUAUAAAAUGCUGUUCGACCCCCUCGGUGCUCUCUCAGAUCCUCUUUAUCCAUACUUUGUCAAGAUCUUUCGCCUUCCGAAUUUCGCUAUUCAGACACAAAUCAAUGAAUUUGGAGUCGAAGAGCCUGUUUUAGACCCAUUCACAAUGCAACUUACAACGGUCAUUGCCAUUCUCUGCGCCCAUUCUGCGGUUCUGUAUGCCGUCAUGUUGAUUCACAGGCAAUGGGAGUAUAUAUAUAUGACGGCUUUGUCUAAGGCAGUUGGGGUUGUUGGGGUCGGUAUUAUGGCUUGGACUUUGUUCCCUGAAAGGGCGAGCCCGCCUAUCGCCUUAUUUGUGGUUUGGGAUACCAUGUGCGUGCUGCAUUUGUGGUAUGUUCUCGGAACGGCGAAGGGAAGUUCGAAGGGCAUGGUCAAGGGAAAGACAGCUUGA